AUGAAAAAAAAUUCUAACACAAGCGAAGAAAACAACACAAUGCAAAACAACUCUGAAAGCACACAGUCUAAAGAGACUUCCAGCAUAGGAACAGGCUCAGCAGAAAAGAGCACAGGAUCAGAACAAAAAGAGAAAAAGAUCAGCAGUAAAGCCACAAAGCAGCACGAGAAAGAGAUGCACGAUAAAACAGAAAAACAGAUGGAAACAGCCACCACAAAAAUCUCCAACUUCUUCUCAGUUUGCUUUGCAAAGAUAAAGGGAUGUGCUGAGGGAAUACGGUCUGGGUUCUACAAGUCUGUCGACGACACCGAAGAGAAGGAUGAAUGA